AUGUGUUUUCUGACCAAGCAUCCAGCUUUUUGGGUGGCAUUUUCAGCUUUCAUAUUUGGUGUGGUCACUGCAGAAGCACAGUCUGGGAAAGAGCACAAGCAGGAAAGCAGCUAUGCUCCCAGCCAAGGCUAUCUGACGGAAGUUUUACGCAUUCUCUCAGCUGACAACUACACUGAGCUCCACAAGAAUCACUCAAGAAAACUUAUCAAAAUGUUAUUGGAGAGAGCUGAAUGUCCACAGUGGAUUUAUGGGAUGCAGGAGGAUUGUAAUCUGUGCCUUGAACCAGAUGCUUUGUUAUUAAUAGCUGGUGGAGAUUUUGAAGACCAUCUCAGUAAAGAAGUAUUCCAGAGAAUUUCCCUCAUUCUUCUCUAUUAUAUUAUUCAUCAAAGAGACAUCUGUUCUUCAGAGCUCAUUCUGAGUAACAAGGAUUAUAAAUUUUACCUACACAGUAUGCUCAGUUUAAGGCGUGAUGAAGACUGCUAUUAUUUCUCAAGGAAUGAAACUGAAGACAUUUUGGCUGCAAUAAGGCAACAUUUUAAAACUCCUGAAAGCCAGUGUGUUGAUGUAACCGUUCUGGAGAAAGAAGCUGCCAUAUUGGACAGUGCCGGUGCUGAUGAAAAUACACUUCCUCGCCUGGCUGCUACAAUCAUUACUUUGGCUCUCCAAGGAGUCUGCCUCGGGAGAGCAAGUUUACCCACCCCAGAAUUCUUUAUAAAAUAUAUUUUCAGUUCUCUAAACAGCACUAAUGAACUCCAAGUAACAGAAAUAGACCAACUCCUAAGCAUGCUGAGGGAUGGAAAGACCUGCAACGCAAAUGGACAAAUGGACAGUCAUGGCAUGACAAUCAGAGAUGUUGGAUAUUUAAAUAUUCCACUCACAUCGAGACAAAAGAAUGGGGAAUAUAUAAGUGGUUAUCAUGAAGAUAAUGAAAACACUGCUGAUUGGGAUCAGGCUUGCUUCUCUGCCAGUGAGCUUGUGAAGAUAUUUUUACAAAACAGUCCUUCGUCCAUUUCUAAGGAACAUUUCAAGCAAAUCAGCCCAGCGAUCAUUCAGCAACUACUGAGCUGUUCUUGUCAGCUUACAGAAUCCAAGCAAACAAAGCUGCCACCAACAACUCUGGAAAAGUAUGGCUACAGCACUGUUGCCGUUUUACUUAUUACUAUUGGAUCUAUGUUUGGUACAACCCUCAUUUUCUUCAGCUCCUGUCAAGAAAUCUAUACGCUCAUUUUACAGCUGUUUGUGGGUUUAGCUGUUGGGACGCUCUCUGGAGAUGCUCUGCUACAUCUUAUUCCACAGAUUCUUGGUUUACAUAAACAUGAAGCUCAGGAGAUGGAACACAUCUAUGAAGGGAAAGAAUAUAUUUGGAAAAUGUUGGGAAUGAUUGGAGGAAUUCAUGGAUUUUUUCUGAUAGAAAAAUGUUUCUUUCUUUUGGUAUCACCAAGUGAUCAGCAGGGUCUUUCAUUAGUUAAUGGGCACUUGGGGCAUUCCCAUGAUCUUCCAGUGGAAUCUGAAUUAAAUGACCAUUCAGGCAGAGGCAAAUCUACUUCAACCAUACAGUUGAGAAGUCCCGAAGACUCUGAGUCUGAAGUUCCUCCAGACAGCAAGGCGACAAACAGAAAGAGCAAAGGAAUUAGUUUGUUGGCAAUAAUGGUUUUGGUGGGUGACAGUCUUCACAAUUUUGCCGAUGGCCUGGUAAUAGGAGCAGCAUUUUCAUCCUCAACAGAAACGGGUGUUACCACGACGAUUGCUAUCUUAUGCCAUGAAAUUCCCCAUGAAAUGGGUGAUUUUGCUGUGCUGUUAAGUACAGGGCUCUCCACAAAAAUUGCAUUAUUAAUGAAUUUUAUAAGUGCCCUAACUGCCUUCAUAGGGCUUUACAUUGGCCUUUCAGUAUCAACUGACUCCUGUGUUCAGAACUGGAUUUUUACUGUCACAGCCGGAAUGUUCUUGUAUUUAUCAUUAGCAGAAAUGCUUCCUGAAAUGACUCACAUUCAGACACGGCGACCCUGGUUGAUGUUUCUCCUACAGAACCUUGGAUUACUAUUAGGUUGGCUUUGCCUCUUUCUUUUAGCUAUAUAUGAACAGAAAAUUAAGAUAUAA